UGCCCCGUGCCCUUCUGUCUCAAUAUCAAGCACAAGCUGCGGCAGCAGCAGAUCCAGCAGCGGCUGCAGCAGGCGCAGAUGAUGCGCCGGCGAAUGGCACUCAUGCAGGGCAGAGGAAUGCCUCCCAGUCUGCCCUCCCCAACUACCUCAGGAGGUCCAGGGACGCCCAACUCUCAGCAGCUGCAGCAGCCUAAUACCCCUCAGACCUCGCAGUCAUUAGCCAACCAGCCCCAGCAGACACAUCCGAAUGUGGCUGGAAUGGUGCAAACCUUCCCCAACCAACCUCCUACACCAGGGCCGCAGGGUAAGCCAGGCCCGCAGUCCUCGCCUCUGCCCCAGCAGCAGUCUCCCCUGCCCAUGCCGCCUCAACAACAGCCGCAGCCCUCUCCGCAGCAACAGCAGGCUUUGAAGGUUGCGAAACAAAUAGAGAUGAUGACC